CGGCUAAGCAAACGGAAGGUCGUUGUCGUCGUCGUCGUCUUCUUCGUCGUCUUCUUCUUCAUCUUCUUCACGAGCAACACAUCUGCAGAGAGCUAGGCAGGCGACGGCUUCCACACUUGUCGGCUGCGAGUUCGAUCUGUCGCCGCGCCCUCCGUGACAACAGCGUGAGCGAUCGAUCGAGGGAGAGGAUCGAUGGCGUCGUCGUCUCAGCUGAGCGCGUCCACCGGCGGCGGCCGUUGGGCUGCUGCGGCGGUGGCCGCGAAGCAGCUGCUGUGGAGGCUGCGGUCGAGCCUGAUGAGGAGGAGCGCGGCGGGGCGGCGGAGGCGGGCGGCGGUGAGCUUCGGGUACGACAUGCAGAGCUACUCGCGGAACUUCGACGACGGCCUCGGCUCCUCUGUCGGCCACCCGCUUUCCGCGAUUCCAUGCAACUAGGCUCGGUGGUUCCCGGUGAUUAGAUAGCUGCGACUAGGUGAUCUCAACGGGACUGUAUUUUCUGGUAGCCUGGUACUGACUUCCAGCAAUAUAAUUGUACAGGAUCUCUCGCCUCUUCUGUGUAAUUACAUAUAUAUAUAGCCUAUUA